AUGACUGAAGGCAAAAACAAGAGCAAACCAGAAGAUAGCCAGCAGAAAAUGGAAACACAUAUUGAAGAGGAUGACGAGUUUGAAGAAUUCCCCCAGCAAGAUUGGCAAGCCAAGGAGGGUGCCGAAGAUGAAGAGGAACUGAAUGUUUGGGAAGACAACUGGGAUGAUGAAGCGAACGAAAAUGAUUUCGCCAAACAACUAAAAGAUGAACUUGCUAAACAUGGCCACAGCACUGCAGCAUGA